AGCCAUUUUGUCUCAAGACAUUGCGGCUCGAGCGGCUCUGUUGCUUUGCGGCCGUCGCGUGACCUCCUGAGUUAUGGUCGAGUGCAAGGACGCCAGACUUCUCGAUGGCAUGUCGCCGGUGCAAGAAAUAUGGAAUGCAGUCACGAUGGCAUGUCCCACAUUUGUUGCCAUGUGGUUCUUGUGGUCGCCUCCUUCUCCUGACUUCGUGGGCUGGCGCCCAAUUGUGAUGGCAUUGGGACUUAUAUUGCACCUGCCAUUCAGCUGUGCAUACCAUCUGCUCCUAGCUCGCCGCGAACUUCACGACGCGGUUGAUAAUGUGCCACGGAGACUCGAUCAAUCUUUCAUCCACGUGGCUGCCAUUUUUAUUGUCAACGGCACGAGUUCUUCUUUCAUAUAUGCUGGCGUCGCGUCAUUGCUGAACCUGUAUUUUUUGUGCCGCCUUUGGCCUCUCGGAGGCGACGCUGGGUGGAUUGAGCGCAUGGUGAACGUUGGAGUCGGAGUGCUGUCGUAUGGCCUCCCUGGGCUUUUCCAGCAGGAGUACCGACUGUUUCUCGUCGGAGUCGCGUACUUCAUUGGGGGUGCGGCGGCGAUGAUUCUGCGCUUGGGAGGCUGGGGCCACGGGAUCAUGCACAUUUGCCUCGGAGGACUGGCGUACCAGGUGUUCAGUUUCGUUGGCAAGCUCAACGACACAUGAUCGUGGCAUCGGCCUUCAACGCUGGCCCCUCGACGUGCUCCCUAUUUUUGCGGCGCGUGGAUUUCGUACGACUCCGUGUUCGUCGCCGAUGUGUGUGUCUUUCCUGGAUACCGGGUGGUGUAUGGAGCAGCAGCCAGGCUUGAUUUCUCACCGCUCCUUUUUACGGGCUGUUGAUCUGCCCCGCCUGGGCCUCGGCAGGUCGCGGCGCCCCUCGUUCGUCGGGGGAUACGGCGUCCGAGACAGCGCGCCUGCGAUAGGACAAACAAAAG